UUAUUGUUUGCUUUGCCAACACUUGGCAAUCAUGGUAGGGUUGUUCUGCAGCUAACUUUUACUAACAGAAAGUGCAUGCUAUGAAAUGAUGGACAUGCCAUUUGGAGAGGGGUGACGAUACAGAUGUAAUCCUCCUGUUUUUAAUGCCACUGGUUUGUUUUGCAGCUACCCACCACCAUGGGAGUCAAAGUCUCCAAGGCCCCAGAGGAAGGAUACAAAUUUUACGCUGCCGUUGUGUCAGCUCUUGGAAUGGACAGAAUAGGCUUCCCAGACAAGUAUAAGGAAACCAAGGUCAUCCAGGCAGCCAUGUUUCCCUAUCUGAUGUGCAGUUCAGCCAGCCAGGGAGAUAUUCUGAGUGUGAAUGAGCACAUCCGAGAGGGUGCAGAUGUCAUGACAAAAGACAGCGAUGGUCGGACACCCCUUCACUUGGCUGUAGCAUCAAACAAAAUGGAAAUGGUCAAAUUCCUGCUGAGUAAACGAGCCAAUAUUCAUUCCAAGGACAAUUUUGGCGACACACCAUUGAGGGACGCAAUUCGUUGCCAUCUAGAAAUGGUGGAGUUUCUGGUCUGCGAAGGAGCCUGCCUAACCGUUCAGAGUGAGGAACUGGGAAGAGAGCUAUGUUGCCUGGCCUAUCUUGGCGAUAUUAAGCAAAUGCAGAUCUGGAUUGCAGCCGGAGCGCGCUUGAGCUACACGGAUUACGACGGCCGCACUCCCCUUCAUGUGGCUGUCUGCACUAACCAGGUGGAUGUGGUUGUAUUUUGUAUAAAUAAUGGUGCAGACCAGAAGCAGAAAGACCUGCUUGGCAACCGGCCAAUUGAUGAUGCCCGGCGCAUGGGUUACCUUCAUAUCGUGAAGCUACUACUGCAGCCCGAUGAGGUGUACUGAAGCACGAGGGGUUGGAAGACUGUCCAGCUGUCUAAGCCAGGAAGAAUACCUUGCAGAGGUUUAGGCAAUGUUAACAUCUUUUUCUGUCAUAUAUAUAUACACCUUGAGCAUGGGAAAGCUGCUAUAUAAAUAAAAUGUAUUACUAUUACAUAUUCUUAUCAACAGCCCUGAACUAUAUAAACAUGUGCAGUAGUGGAUGGAUAAAUCUAACUGAAUUUCAGUAAUGUCAAAUAUACUGGAUAUCUUAAGUAGUGCAUAGUCAAGAAAUUGAAAACUAGAACCUAUCUGUCAUCACUUCAUCCAUCCAUUGCAUUAACUUGCUUAUUCCAAAAUAUAACCCACAGGCCCAAUUUAUCUCAGGAGACCUCCCCCUGGCUAUAUUUGUAUCUGCUGCAUCUCAGCUUUAAUUCUAGCCACUGAGACAAAACUGUGGCGCAGUGGUCAGCUCUGCUUUCCCAGCAGCCCUACAUACCCAGACAAAGUUACCAGCACGUUCACUAUCUAGGUUGUCUCUGUCUACUCACG